AUGAAGGACAUUCCCUGCCACUUCUCAGGGCCUAGUGGCCUACAGCUCCUCACCUGGACAGACAGAUGUUCCUCAGCCCAGCUGACUGCUCUGUUGAGCCUGCUCAGUGGGGCAUGGCUGCCCACAGGCUCAGGGAGGCCUGGACCCCAAGGUCUCCCAGCUCAGCCUUGGGCUGCUGCCAAUCAGACCCAGUCUCUGGGUCAAGGGGCCCCAGCCUUCCCAGUGCCAUCCUCUGCCCUUAGCAGCUGGAAGGCCUUCUUGGGAAAGAAAACUAGGCGGAAAACUGGGCAGCUGGGGACAGGCAGGCUGCAGCUCGGGCAGGAUGUGGUUGCCACUGUGUCUCUGCUACUGGAUCCACGGGAUGUGGCCCCAGAGAUAUGCAAGGCUGUGUCCUUCACUCAAGUGCUCUCCUGGUCGGGCUGCAUGGCCAUCCAGGUCUGCAAUCACCUCUGCUUUGGCUACUGAUCCUCUUUCUACAACUGCAGCUGAGAUCCUGCCCCGCUUAUCCUCUGCAACAGCUGUGUGCCUACUCUCAAGCUCUGGGCACCCGUGACCCUCUACUGCUGGGUGGGCAGCCCAGCCUCCUGUUGGUGGGUGAAGGACAUCAGCUUUGCUGGGUGA